CGCGCUUUGUAGUAGAGGGCGGGUGAGAGUGAGUGGGAGGGUUUGCGCGCAACCGCUCCACCAGGAUUGGGAUUGACAAGUAGCCGUUAGCUCGCUGGUUCUACUACCCGACUAUUUGAAUGGUUUAGCGGCGGAAAGCAAAGACGAACUGGGAUGCGAUUAUCAUAAAAGAAGGAAAAAAAAUCGAGUGACGUCUCAUUUUAUUGAUAAACAGAAGCCACACUGAACCAAGGUGAGAGGCUCAGCGUGUGCGGGAGAGAGUGAGAGAGGGUGAGAGAAACUGAGAGAGAGCGAGAGAGCAGCCAUGGACCAGCAGAGACAGAGAGCUCUCUCCACCUCCGGAGAAUCGCUUUACCUCGUGCUUGGACUCGACAAGAGCGCCACAACAGACGACAUCAAGAAAUGUUACCGGAAACUAGCAUUGAAGUUUCACCCUGACAAGAACCCAGACAAUCCGGACGCAUCCGAAAAGUUUAAGGAGAUCAACAACGCGCACUCCAUCCUGAGCGACGGCACUAAGAAGAACAUCUACGACAAAUACGGCUCGCUGGGGCUCUACGUCGCCGAGCAGUUCGGAGAGGAGAACGUCAACACCUACUUUGUUCUGUCCAGCUGGUGGGCAAAGGCCUUGUUCGUGUUCUGCUGCCUGUCCACAGGCUGUUAUUGCUGCUGUUGCCUGUGCUGCUGCUGUAACUGUUGCUGCGGAAAGUGCAAACCUCGGCCGCCCAUGGACCAGGAGCCCGAGUUCUACGUGUCCCCCGAGGACCUGGAGGCCCAGAUGACCGCUGACGAGAGAGAUGGUGUUGGAGAGCCCAUCGUGAUGCAGCCGUCCUCAGCCACAGAAACCACCCAGCUCACCGCUGAUGCCCACCAAAGCUACAGGACCGACGCUUACUAAACACGCACACACACACACACACAUAUUAGAGACACAGAAAACACACACCUUACAAUUAACAACAGCAAACGUUUCAAUCAUUAAUACACACAGAUCCUGCUCUACCACAUCCCAGGACAAAUGCACACACACAUUCUCAACACUUUCAUGUCUGUCCCUCUGUGUUUUUCUCUGUUCCUCUAACAUAAUAACACACACACACACCAGCAAAUAAAACCUUCCAUUAGUCAGUUGAGCCUAAA